AUGACGUCCACUGAGAUCACUACUGCUGGACCGGCAGAUAACCCGGAGAAAGACGAGCAAAAGAUCGUGUUGAAGGCAUCUAAUGGAAAGGAACGAGUCCAUGGAGAAGAGAAAGAUACACCGGUACCCGACUACCAGGACUUCCAGUUGUCCUGGACGGGUCGGCUGAUUUUCUUCACUUUGGCAGUCUUGUCGCUGAUGGUAUCUUUGGACGGGACAUCUAUUUCAGUUGCGCUGCCAGCAAUGGCCAGUGAGCUUCAUGGAUCCGCUAUGGAAGCCUUCUGGACAGGGACAUCUUUUCUCUUGUGCUCAACUGGUGGGUUUUCUGCCUUCACAGACCGGAUUUAUACUGACCGGCGAGUAGUGUUCCAGCCAGCAACGGCCACGCUGUCCAGUAUCUUCGGCCGCCGGCCUGUGAUCAAUGCAUCUCUUGUGCUCUUUCUGGUCGGUGCCUUGGUCGCGGGACUUGCCAACAACUUCACCGAGAUGUUGCGCUGGCUUUUCUAUAUCAACUUCCCUUUCAUUGGUAUUGCAGCCUUCUUCACGGUCUUUUUCUUCCAUUUAGCCACUCCUCCGGGGUCGCUCAAGGCCAAACUCGUGCGCAUCGACUGGAUCGGGACAGUUCUGUUUGUUGGAAGCGUCUCGUCAUUCCUCAUCCCCCUAUCAUGGGGAGGAGUGAUGUACGACUGGGACUCAUGGCGCACAUUGGUACCUCUCACAGUUGGUGCAGUCGGCAUAGCCGUGUUUAUCGCCUAUGAAUGUUAUGUUCCUGCCGAACCCAUGAUCCCGCAGUCUGUCUUCAAUAACCGAAGUGCAACUAUUGCGUUUGCCGCGAGUGGUAUCCAAGGCUUGAUCCUUUGGUGCAACCUAUACUACUUACCUCUGUACUAUGAAGCCGCUCGCGGGUUCAAGCCCAUCAUCACCGGCGUCGCGCUGUUCCCAGAGACCUUCACGGUGGCGCCUGCAGCUGUGAUCUGCGGGUUCAUCAUCACAAUGACCGGCCGCUACCGAUGGGGUCUGUGGAUGGGAUGGACGAUCUGCACCAUUGGGCUGGGCCUUCUCUGCCUGCUUAAAUUGCAUACUAGCACAGCCGGAUGGAUCUUCCUGAACAUCCCGUGUGGGCUGGGAAUGGGUAUAGUCACUGCUGCUGUUGUCUGUACUGUGCAGGCGUCUGCAACGAACAAGAAUCUCACCAUGGCGGUGGCGAUGGUCGUGUUCUUCCGCGCUUUCGGCCAGGCAAUUGGUAUAGCCGUCGGCGGCGUCAUCUUUCAGAACCAGAUGCGACAUCAUCUCUUUAAGUAUCCGGAAUUUGCCGCCGAUGCUGUCGCACUAAGUCGAGACGCGGCGUCGCUGGUGACGGUCAUCAAGGGGAUUCCGUCGGCUGAGGCCCAGGAGCAUCUGAAGGUGGCGUAUACCGAUAGUCUGAGGAUUAUCUGGGCAACCAUGUGUGCUAUAUCGGGGGUCGCGACGUUUAUAUGUGCAUUUGUGAAGAAGUAUGACUUGAACCGGGCAUUGGUUGCUGACCUAGGCUUGGUGGAGACGAGAGAGGAUGAUGCAGAGAAGCAAAGCAGGUAA